AUCCUACUUCGUCUGUUUGCCCCUUUCUCUUUUGCACCGGGCAAUCUGUCAUCCCUCGGCUUCUUCGUCCCCUUCAAUUCCUCAGAACUGUAAUAUUCAAUCGAUGGCAGGUCGAGGGAAAACUUUAGGAUCCGGCGCUGCCAAGAAGGCUACGUCCCGUAGUAGUAAAGCGGGUCUGCAAUUCCCAGUUGGUCGUAUUGCUCGGUUUUUGAAGGCCGGGAAGUAUGCGGAGCGUGUUGGUGCUGGAGCCCCCGUCUAUCUGGCUGCCGUUCUAGAAUAUCUCGCCGCUGAGGUUCUUGAGUUGGCUGGAAACGCUGCAAGAGAUAACAAGAAAACUCGUAUCGUACCUCGACACAUUCAAUUGGCGGUUAGGAACGACGAAGAGCUUAGCAAGCUUUUGGGGGAUGUGACCAUCGCUAAUGGCGGUGUUAUGCCUAACAUUCACAACUUACUACUUCCUAAAAAGACCGGUACCUCUUCGAAGGGCGCUGGUGGUGACGACGACUCUUAAAUUUGAGCGAGAGAUGUAUUUUUAUUUUUUAAGUUUUUCACGGCAACUUUUCCAAUUUAGUCUAUUUCCCCCUUCAUAACUUGUACUUUCAAAUAUAGCUUGACUCUGUUCUUUUGGGAUUCGAUGUAGUUGCAGCAAAAGUUCAGUUAGUGAUGUGAAUAUAGUGUUCUUUCGCUUUACUAAGAA